AUGGCUCGCCGUGGGCAAUGUCAAGAAUUGUUCAGCGAUAACGGGACCAACUUUGUCGGUGCAGAUCGAAUCCUGCAAACGCAUAUUCAGGAAUGCCAAAAGAGUACCAAAGUACACAACUUUUUAAGCAGCCGAAGAAUUGACUGGCAUUUCAUACCACCGUCAGCACCUCACUUUGGUGGCAAUUGGGAGGCUGCGGUCAAGUCAGCCAAAAAACAUUUGUUGCCUGUCUCCAAAGGUGUUAUGAUGACGUUCGAUGAGACUACCACAUUACUAUGCCGCAUAGAAGCAGUGUUGAAUUCAUGGCCAUUAACACCACUGUCAAGCGAUCCUUCUGACUUCAAUGCUUUGACAGCCAGCCAUUUCUUGAUAGGGAGUCCAUUACAGCUCCCAUCUGAACCAGAUUGUACAGCCAUUCCACAGAACCGUCUGCGUCAAUUCAAACUCAUGCAAGCACAAUCACAGAAUUUUUGGAAACGAUGGUCUUCUGAGUAUUUGCCCCAGUGUCAACGACGUGGCAAGUGGACCAAACUCACUCGCAACAUUAAAGUAGGAGACUUAGCAGUUCUGAAGAAUGACAACAGCCCACCACUGCUAUGGGACCUAGUUCGUGUUACCAAAGUUCAUCCGGGCCCUGAUGGAAUUGUACGAGCAGUCACGGUACGGAAUUCUUCGGGGUCUGACUUCAAGCGUCCAGAAAACAAGUUGGCUGUUCUACCCACUGAGAACGAUGAAGUCGGAGAAGAGCAGAACGCGUCCUAA